CACAGCAGCCAAUCAGCGCCGCUGUCCUUCUACGGGGGGAGGGAGAGUCUUUACACCCGGCUACAAGUACUCCGGGCCUGGGGGACUUGUACUGGAGUUUCAGCCUGUAGUUCGCAACCCCAGGCUUCUGCUGUCAAAUUUAACCGCAUCACAAGUAAUGUGAAUUCCCCACAGCUCUUUGUAACUUGAAGACUCGGGAGGACAAACUCCCACUGUUGCAUGUUGGUCGUCGGAUUGAGUAGUCAACCCUUCAAAGUUUUAUUUCAACUUUCAACUAGAGCUCAAGGUCGGAAGCCUAUUUCACAGCUUGUGCAUGUAAAAUUCUUUCUAGGAGGCCUGACUUUAGCUUUGCGCACGGAGAUCUACAUCCCUGCUCCACGAGUCUCUGCUAGCCCCUGCAAACAUGGCACGAAGAUCGUGCGCGGUGUAUGUCGUCGGGAUCAUCUGUGCCAGCCUGUUGAUCACUGGAAUUGGUUUAACUGUGUCUCGAAUUUUCGGCGGUAUAAUGUACAACCGCCUGACAAAGGAAAUUGUGUUGGUAGAGGGCAGCCGUGUGUUUGAGUCAUGGAAAAAGCCCCCCCCUCCUGUCUACAUGGAGUUUUUCUUCUUCAAUGUGACCAAUGUGAAAGAGAUCAUCGGCGGGGCCAAGGCAGUGGUCAAACAGGUCGGACCAUACACAUACAGGGAAUAUAGAUACAAGGACAAUGUGAGUAUGGUGGAAAAUGGCACGUUGGUGUCUGCAUACAAUGUCAAAAGCUUUGUAUUCCUGAGGGAGAAAUCUGUGGGGGACCCAACUGUGGAUAACAUCACCACAGUCGACAUCCCUGCUUGGGCUGCAAUGAACAAGGUGAACGGGAGUUUCUGGAAGGCCUCUGGGUUGUCCAUUAUAAUGAGGGCUGUCGGGUCCGAGCCCUUCACUACUCGCACUGUGCAUGAAUUGUUGUGGGGAUAUAAAGACCCCUUGCUGGCCCGCCUCGCUUCCACCAAUCCGGAUGUGGAGCCUGUCUUUGGCCUCAUGUACAAGAAAAAUGGAAGCAACGAUGGGGAAUUUAUCUACCACACCGGGGAGCAUAACUACAUGGAUUAUGGCCGAGUCAAAACGUGGAAAGGUCAAAGUCAGCUGACCUUCUGGACGUCUAACCAAAGCAACAGCAUCAAUGGGACAGAUGGAAGUGCUUUCCAUCCCUUGCUGAACAAGAAUGAACACAUCUACGUCUUCACCUCAGACCUCUGCAGGUCCAUCCACAUGGAGUUUGAGAAAGAAGUAUAUGUGAAAGGAAUUCCAGCCUACCGCUUCACACCACCGCGCUCUGUUUUUGCAAGCAAAGAGGAGAACCCAGCCAAUGAGGGUUUCUGCAUCACCCCGAAGGAGUGCCUGGGAACUGGUCUUCUAAAAGUCAGCCCCUGUCGGAAAGGUGCCCCGGUGGUCGCUUCCUUCCCUCAUUUCUACCUGGCGGAAUCUAAAUAUGUGAAUGCCAUUGGAGGAAUGUCCCCUGAGAGAACGCAUCACCAGACGUUCCUAGACCUCAACCCGACAACUGGAGUGAUCGUACGUGCAAACAAGAGAGCGCAGAUAAACAUCUUGAUGAGCAGAAUUACUGGACUCCCGAAAACUAGACAAUUGAAUGAAACAGUCUUUCCUGUCAUGUUCCUCAAUGAGAGUGUGGAGAUUGAUGAUGCCUCUGCAGCCAGAGUACAGAAGCUGCUGCUGAUUGUCAAACUAGGGUCCAACUUCCCGCUCAUCAUUGUGGGACUGGGUGUAAUUAUGCUCAUAGUCUUCAUCAUCCUUCUGGUCCGGGCCCGCAAACAGAAGAAUGAAGUUAAGCGCAUUGUGUUUACCAAGCCUUCCUAUACUACUCCCGCUGAAGAUGACACUUCUUACUCUCCAGUCAGUGACAAGGAAAAAGAUGAUCCCCAAAAUGGAACCUUUAUUGGUUUGACACCUAAAUCUGACCCACAAGCUUGAGGAGAAUGGAGGGAAUGGUUAGAAUAAGGCUUUAUACAUUGAUAACCAUCAUAAUUACAAAUCAGGAUUCCCUGAGAGAAAAAGCCACUGUAGAAAAUCGUCUCUUUUAUAAGUUUUAUAAGAUGUUUUACUCUGGGGUUGGGGUGGGGUUGAGGGAUACAGAUGGGGAACAUGUUUUUAGUCUCAACCAUAUUGUACUAUAUGUACUUAGUUUUACUCAUGGAGAGUUGAAGUAGGUUGGUAAAACACUGUAUCACCCCAUAAUUUUGACAGUCUUUGAAAACACUGCUGCAAACAGCUAUUUCUCGCUGUUUCUGAGGUAUAUUUUUGACAACAGGCUGCACUUGUCAUGGAGAGCUAAAGCUGUGGUGUUCAAAUUAAACACACCCCUUAAGUAAGAGGUGUGGGAUCAUUAGAUUUUAAUGCUGUGGCCUCACUUCAUUCCUCACCAGCUGCUUGUCUUGCUUUGAACUUUCAAAUUUAAUGGCUGAUUACCAUAAGAUACCAUAACAGUACAUAAAAGGUGAUUUGGGACCAGGGUUGUGAAAUCCAUAAACUCUGAGUUUAGAUAUUAUACGACACUCUCGGGAGGGUCUCUGCUUAGAUAUGGUCACAUAUUAUCAACGCGGGAGAGGAGAGCACAACAUACAACAGGUCCUCACCGUUCUUGCCACAACACUCACUUUCUGAAAUAAUUUCAGUGGGUUCAGUAUUGUUGUGUUUCAUUUGCAUUUCAUCCUCAAUGUUACAAAAAUCUGUCAUGGCUCACAUAUGGCAUUUGUUUGUGUGUAUAUAUACAGUAUAAGAUGUGCUGAACUGCUGACAUUCCUCUCAGUUUAUUACGGGCUCGAAUAUCAGACAAUGUUGUAUAUUUUGGAGACUUUAACUUUUGUAAAAUAAGACAUUUUCUAAUUUUUUGUAAAUGUUAAUGUAGAAAUGUUUCAGUGCAGAACAUUUUAAGUUAGAGCUUCAAAAAUGUCUUCGAGUGCCACGAUGAGCAAAACCUUUAUCAGCCAUAAAGCCUUGAAUGUGACAGGAUUCUGUGGUCAAAACAAUGAUUCAUACAAUACUGAAUUUGUGUGUUGACAGUAUUUUUUCCCUGUAUAACUACAUAUGUUAAGUGAUAUUGCCAUAUCAAAAUGUAGUUUAGCUUGUUGUGAUUUUAAAAUGUGCUUUCUUUCUGUCUUUGUUUUGUUGUUUGAUGUUGUUGUUACUACAAUUGUUGGCGCUGAAUAUGACAGCCAACAAACCCUUUUUCUUAAGGUGUAAAACACGUUUAAUAUUAAAAGCUGUAGUUUUGCUUUUUAUAGUUUUCACAUAUUUUUGGAAAUGAACACCGUGCCAUAUCAACAGAUCUAUCACGUGCAUAUUGUUUUCUUCAAACAAACACUGAGCAUGAGCCUGUUUCAGUAGUUUCUAUAUGCAGGGGCCAACUGCACCUUGACAACACUGUUUGAAUGAUAGAUUGUUGUACAGGGCUACAGCUUCCUUAGCCAAAGCUGGUGAAAAUGUUAGAUUUCUGGAGCCAUUUAAUGUAAUAAAAUGCUGCAGAAUUACUUCAGUUGAACUAUGAUGGAUUCAGCUUUUAUUAGUGCUCUGAUUUUUGUCAUAACAUUUUAAUAUGAAUGAAUGAGUUUCUUUCCACCACCUCUUCAUUGCAUGCACUGAAAUAAUCAGCAACAAAUACAGUAUUUCAGGCAAUAGAAGCUGUAACGUGCUGAAUUUAAGUGUCUUUUUGUUUCCUCAACUGAUUUUACUAUUUGUGUUUGAUACACCUCAAUUCAGACAUGCACAAUAAGACAACUGAUUCAAAAUUGUAAAGGUUCACAGAGUAGGCAUAAUGAAAUAAUGAAGCGUUAUAAGGGUGGAUGAAUGGAUAAAUCAAUCACUUCUUUUAUGCAAAAAGCACAGUAUUACACAAUAUUAGUGUAGUGGUUAAAGAGGAUAAAUUAUUUUGUUACACUGAUAAAACCAAAACACUAAGCAGCACCAUACUGACCUUACUCUGGGAUUCUUUGUACCAUACUUUGAUUACAGAUUAUACUCUGAAAUUGUCAGUAUAGCAACAUAUUCUUCUAAUUGUCAGCUUGUUUUAAACUGUUGACUGCUAAUACUGUUUUACUGUGUACUCAAAAAUAAAAGUAGUUUCGAAAAAUGG